CCAUUUCGCCGUCCCCGUUAUGAAUUAUUUGCAGCCUUUGCCCUUGGAUAGGAAUUAGCCCGCUGGUGCGUAAAGAGCCGCUGGCGCAGCCGGGCCUCUGGUGCGAUCCGCACCCCCGCAGGGCCCAUGGGUGCUGCCUCCCCUCCGCCCUUCGCCUCUUCCUCGCGGGGCUCCCCCAGCCCCGCAGCCGGGAAGCGGCGGACGGAGGAGAGAGCCUCCUUUCGGCUCCAGGCAUGCACCGAGCAGUGAGAUCACCCGGGUUAUAAAUAUCUCUGUGCCACCAGCGCUUCGCCUCGGAUCUCCCUAGCGCGCCGCAGCGAGGGGGGCGAUGCCUUCCCAGCGCAGCUAGCCCGCGCCGCGCCGCAGACGGAGCAGGAGCCUGGCUCGCAAGAUGCGCUGGGCACCCUCCCGGCUGGAAGAAUGAGCCUGUCCUUCUGCUGCCUCCUCUCCCUCAGCCGCCUGAUCCUCAGCAGCGCCCUGGCGCCGCUGCCCCCCGGAGCGCAACUCGGGCAGGCGGCCCGUGCCGGCGGCGCCUCCUCCGCUUCAUCACCUUCCUCUUCUUCCUCCCCCUCCUUGGGAGCCAAAGGAAGCGGGCCGGAGAGAAGCAGCUUCCAGUGGAGCCCAUCCGGGCGCAGGACGGGCAGCCUCUAUUGCCGGGUGGGCAUUGGCUUCCAUCUGCAGAUCCACCCGGAUGGCAAAGUCAACGGCUCCCAUGAAGCCAAUCUCUUAAGUAUUUUGGAAAUAUUUGCUGUGUCUCAGGGGAUUGUAGGAAUACGAGGAGUUUUCAGCAACAAAUUUUUAGCGAUGUCAAAAAAAGGAAAACUCCAUGCAAGUGCCAAAUUUUCAGAAGACUGCAAGUUCAGGGAGAGGUUUCAAGAAAACAGCUAUAACACAUAUGCCUCGGCAGUUUACAGGACCGAAAGGACUGGGAGAGAAUGGUAUGUGGCUUUGAACAAGAGGGGCAAAGCCAAAAGAGGCUGCAGUCCCCGGGUGAAACCCCAGCACAUCUCCACCCAUUUCCUUCCAAGGUUCAAACAGUCGGAGCAGCCGGAACUGUCUUUCACCGUCACUGUUCCUGAAAAGAAAAAGUCACCUGCCUCCACCCCAGCAAAACCAAAGGUCUCUUUGUCUGUGCCUCGGAAGAACCCCAACACUGUUAAAUACAGGCUGAAGUUUCGCUUUGGAUAGCCGUUAAACUGAUCGUGAGAGAGGAACACUUUUCUCAGGAGCUGCUGCGUGCGUGUGCGAGUCCUUGGCUUACAAUGGCAGACAGGGCCUUGAUCACACUUAGCUGCAUUAGGAGGUCAAAAGGGAGAUACCCAUUUGUUUCAGUUUGACCCCAGCCAAAUUGCUUUUUGAUAGUCAAGAGUGUUAACUGAACUGGAAUUCUUCAUCUGGCCCCAGGGAGGAAAGCAGUGGUUCAGGUCAAAUGAACAUAAAGGCUUUUGUUUUUUGCCUUAAAUAGCAUUCUCACUUUCCUACUCUCCAAAGCAUUGAGACUGGACUGUACAUUUUGAAACAAUGUCUGAUGGAUCAGUUUAAUUUUUUGCUUUCCAAAGAAUACACUUUUGGUGUCGAUAAAAUAUUUUAUGAACUUCUGUUUAUUUUGGUUGUCAGAAGCAUCAAAAGGGUACCUCUACAUUGAACAUAUUUUCUUACUUUCACUAUUUUAACUAAUGACAUUUUUUACAAUCAUGUUCAUCUGAGCAAUUUGUUCAAAGUUAUAAUUGAUAAGGAUUUUUUUUCCUGCAUCUUCUCUUUUUGCUGCACUUUUUACUUCUGAUUGUACCUCAAACUCGUAUAUCCAAGUCUGUCUUUUUUUUAAAGUUUGAUUCCCCUCCUCUUAGAAUUCAACUCUUUAAAAAAAAAAACAAUGCAUCUGAUGAAGCGAGCUGUAGCUCACGAAAGCGUAUGCUCAAAUAAAUUGGUUAGUCUCUAAGGUGCCACAAGUCCUCCUUUUUCUUUUUGCAGAUACAGACUAACACGGCUGCUACCCUGAAAUCCGUACAUUGUAAUUUGUGCCAUGAUGUUGAAUCCUUUCUUUUUUUUUAAACUUGGGAAGGGUUUUCUUUUAUUCAAGGGAGAUAAUGAGUUUCAAGUUUAUGGAGGGGAACACUUCAUUUACAAAUGACCCUGAUUCCAGUCCCCCACUCCUACUCUUUCUUGAACAGCUGGAAGGAUAAGUCUUAUUCUGUCCAUCAAACUAUCAUUUCGAAGUCUGUGUUUAAAAUACCUCUGUCAUGACCCUGUGGCAUUCCUGCUAUUAUAGGUCCACAGGGAUGGAGCUGCUUUUCAGGGGAAACAAAGGGAGGCAAGAGCCAUUCCAUAGGUGUAUCAGAUAACAGCCAUCAAUGUCAUGGCCUAUUAUCAAAUGCUGUCAUCAUUAUACUCAGCAAGUAAAACCCUCUCCUGAGACUCCUACUCCAAAGGUAAAUGAUUCCUGUGAGUGCAUCUGCCUUUUGUAACAAAACGAUGGGCUGUGAAUUUAAAGACUGGUCAUGCGAUACAGGAAUCAGUCCUAUUCCGAGAACGUGUGAGUUGCUGUUGAUAACCAACCAGUGGGCCAAAUGGGGUGCAUGGGUGUAACUAAAAGCAGAAUUAGGUUCUUUGGGUUGGAUCCUAAACUGGUGUAAAUCAGCCUCGUUCCCAUGGACUUCAAUGGAGCCAUGUUGAUUUACUCCAACUGAGCAUUUGGCUCAUUAUCACUCCAAAUGGAAGAUAGUUCUGCAAAUGUUUUAACUCAUAUGAUUUAUACGAUUUAUUUAUUUAAUUGAUUAAUAUACACUCCACACUGAAAAAUGUUUUAUUUGAUCUUAAAUAUGGCAAUGUGGCAAUAAACAAUAUUAUAGCUACUUGAACCUUUGAAAGUAUUUUUUCCAGUUAUGGUAGAGUGGUGUAGAUUUUAAAUGUCAAGAAUUAUUCAUUUAUAUUUUUUCUAGUAACUAAAUAUGCAUAUAAAAGAAUUUUUGACAUACAUACAGAUCUAGCUGUGUUGUGUAUGUACAAAAAAUACUAGAGUUGAAACUGAUCACCAAUUAAGCCUUAACAGACUUUACAAUGGCUUGCAUUAGCCGAAUCAAAACUCCCACAUUAACUGUACUAACAUAUUUUAGUUGCAUAUCAGUAAUAACAAAGCCAUGUGCUACUUUCAAAUAUUUUACCAAAAAAUCAAUAAUCAUACAAAACAUUAUUUCCCUUAAAAGCUUGGCUUUUCAUCCAUCAUUGUUUCGAGUUGAGUUCAAGACCUUUUCCCAAACAUUUCAUUUAACACAGUAUAAAUAUUAGCAUACUAUGUAGUGUCUUUAUUUUUAAUAAUGGGAAUAAAGAGAUUUUGCACACAUGCAUACACUCUACAUACUACAAGAGAUGGUGCUGCCAUAAUAAA